AUGUUAUUGGCCAGGAGUUUGACAGAGGAACCGACACGUAUGAAUCCAAAUAUAUUACCGUCCGUUGAUGGUGUCCCGUUCAUUAUGCUCGGGCAAGAGCGAUUCGAACUGGAACCAGAGACGAUCUUUGUGCUGGGCAUGCGUCUGAGUGUGACGAAAAAUUAUAUUCUUAUGUUCUUUAGUUCCGUGGGAAUGAUCGCUGUCGACCAUACGAGUAAACCAAGGAUGUUUGUGUACAAAAAUAAGCAAAAUGGACGAUCAAAGGGUGAGUCGACCAUUACAUAUAUAAGUCCUUUCAUGGCGGAAAUGGCCAUUAGAUGCCUGAAUGGCAGCAAAUUUAAGGGAGAAACUAUAACGGUUGUACCGGCAUAUCUAUCAACGCGCAAGGGUCGUGGCAUCCGCUAUAGAUAUCCUCGAGAGUUCGCUCCAUCGAACAAUCGGGAACACCAACAGGUUCGGCAGCAGCAGAAUCGUCAACGUCGACCCCGUAAAUGGAGACCGGCUCGUGACAAUUGGUAUUGCAUGUUCUGCCGCAACAGCAAUUUUGUUUGGCGCUCCAAUUGCAAUCGUUGCAAGGCCAGCAAAUCGGAGUAUGCAGCCGAACCCCUUUUCAGUGGUUCACCAUCUUUCAUGAGGGUGGCUCGCCGUUAG